AUGGUGCAACAACAGUACAAAUACGCGGACCAGCUGCCAGCAGGCUCCAAGAACCGCAUUGAGAAAAUCGCCAUUGUGGGGGCAAGCGGCCACAUCGGCUCCUCCAUAACCUCAGCCCUCCUCGCCACAGGCUGCCACACUCUCACAGCCCUAACGCGCUCCACCACCCCCCUCUCCCUCCCCCCAUCCAUCCACAUCGCACGUAUCGACUACACAUCCCCUGCCUCCAUAACGCACGCUCUAACCGGGCACGACGCGCUCAUAAUCACGCUCUCCGUAACCGCCCCCCCUACAGCCAUGACCACCCUCCUAGACUGCGCCUCCGCAGCAGGCGUCCCUUGGGUCCUCCCCAACUACUUCUCCUCGGACCCGACGCUCACGCGCCUCCAAGACGAAAGCCUAACCGGGCCCUUGACCGCCGAAACCCGCGCCCACAUCCGCAGCACGCGCACCCUGUCGUACGUGCAGCUCGCGUGCGGCUUCUGGUACGAACACAGUCUGUGCGCGUUCAGCUGGGGCUUCGGCUUCGAUGCGCUGCGCAAGACGGCGUGUUUCUACGACGACGGCACGACGCGCAUCACGACCAGUACGUUCGCGCAGGCCGGGCAGGCAGUCGCGGCGCUGUUCAGCUUGCCGGUGUUGCCGGAGCGCGAGGGCGAUGAGCAGGCGACGCUGAGUCGGUAUCGGGAUGGCGCGGUGUAUGUGUCGAGUUUCAGGGUGUGUCAGAGGGAUAUGUUUGAGAGUCUGCUGCGGGUGACGGGGAGUAGCGAGGCGGAGUGGGAGAUCAAGUAUCGGCCAGUGGGGGAGGUGUAUGCGGAGGGGCUGAAGGGGUUAAGGGAGGGCAAGGGGGCGGAGGCGUUCGGGACGUGUUUAUAUUCGCGGUCGUUUUUCCCGACGGGGGAGGGUGAUUUUACCGAGAAGCUGGAUAAUGAGGCGUUGGGGUUGGUGGCGGAUGAGAGUUUGGACGAGGCGACGGGGAGGGCCAUUGACUUGCAGAAGGCUGGGUAUGGGUCGUAUGGGGCGGGGGCUGAGAUCUAUGGGAAGCGUUAG